UUCAAUGUUAUAACUCAGCCUUCCCUUUACUUAGAGACAGAGUGUGUGUUAUAGAGAGAUAAUGUGGUCCUGAAGAGCCUUUUGAGCUUUUCGUCUCUUAGUGAGAAAUCAAGUAACUGAGAGAGAGAGAGAGAGAGAGAGAGAGAGAGAGAGAGAGAGAGAGAGAGAGAGACAGGGAAAGCAAACUUUCUCUCCUCCUAUUGGACUUUUUCCAGACUUGAGUGCUGGAAUGGAUUUCCUCUGAUACUUUGGAUGUCACUGCACAACUGUGUGGUUUAUGCACGGAAGGGAUCUUUCGAGUUUUGUUGACUGAGCGUGUGUAUGUGAGGCGUGUGUGUGACAGGAGUGUGCUUGGAGCUAUGUCAGGUGUUACACGGAAAGGUUCUGGGAGACCAGGAUAUUACUACAGACUCCUGGGUCGAACGAGGCUACAGAGACAGCGCAGCCGCUCCAGGAGUAGAAGCAGAGCCACAAACAAUAGGGACUCUCCACCUGAGAAAACAGGACGGAGACGAAGCAUGCCGGGCUCUGCCCCUGACAAACCUUUGCCCACAAUGGAGCCCACUGCCGCUGCUGCUACACCCUUCAGGGUCACAGGUUUUUUGAGUCGCAGGUUAAAGGGCUCAAUAAAGCGGACAAAGAGUCAGCCCAAACUGGACAGGAACAGCAGUUUCAGACACAUCCUGCCAGGCUUCAGACCUGUGGACAACGACAGGUCUCAUCUGAUGCCCAGGCUGAAGGAGUCGCGCUCUCACGAGUCUUUGCUCAGUCCCAGCAGUGCAGUAGAAGCUCUGGACCUCAGCAUGGAGGAGGAGGUCCUUAUUAAACCAGUGCACAGCUCCAUCCUAGGACAAGAUUACUGCUUUGAGGUGAGCACCUCCACAGGUAGUAAGUGCUUUUCUUGUCGUUCGGCCGCAGAGAGAGACAAAUGGAUGGAGAACCUGCGACGGGCCAUCCACCCUAAUAAGGACAACAGUCGGCGGGUGGAGAAUACGCUUCAGCUGUGGAUCAUCGAAGCUAAGGACCUUCCGGCCAAGAAAAAGUACUUCUGUGAGCUCUGCCUGGACGACAGCCUCUAUGCCCGCACCACCUGCAAGCUGAAGACCGAUAACGUCUUCUGGGGUGAACACUUUGAGUUCAAUAACCUCCCUACAGUCCAGAACAUCACCGUCCAUCUCUAUAGGGACUCAGACAAGAAGAAGAAAAGGGACAAGAACAACUACGUGGGGCUGGUGAGCAUUCCAGUGGGGAAUGUCACGAGCAGGCAGCUGGUGGAGAAAUGGUACCCAGUUGGCCAACCCAAUCCAGGUAAAGGGAAAACAGCGGGUCCCAUGGUGCGCAUCAAGACCCGGUACCAGAGCAUGAACAUCCUGCCCAUGGAGCUCUACAAAGAGUUUGCCGAGUACAUCACCAACAACUACAUGCUGCUCUGCUCUGUGCUGGAGCCAGUCAUCAGCGUCAAGAACAAAGAGGAGAUGGCCUGCGCUCUGGUGCACAUCUUACAGAGCACCGGGAAAGCCAAGGACUUCCUGACUGAUCUGAUGAUGUCAGAGGUGGAUCGGUGCGGGGAGAACGAGCACCUGAUCUUCAGAGAGAACACGCUGGGCACUAAAGCUAUCGAAGAGUACCUCAAACUGGUCGGACAGAAAUACCUGCAAGACGCACUGGGUGAGUUUAUAAAGGCUCUGUAUGAGUCUGAUGAGAACUGUGAGGUGGAUCCAUCCAAAUGUUCAUCUAGCGAUCUAGCAGAACAUCAGAGUAACCUCAGGAUGUGCUGUGAGCUAGCCUUCUGCAAGAUCAUUGAGUCUUACCGUGUGUUUCCACGGGAACUUAAGGAGGUGUUUGCGUCGUGGAGACAGGAAUGUGGGAACCGAGGGCGGCCGGAUAUCAGCGAGCGUCUUAUCAGCGCCUCCUUGUUUUUGCGUUUUCUGUGUCCGGCGAUCAUGUCGCCUUCUCUCUUCAACUUGACGCAGGAGUACCCAGACGACCGCACUGCACGCACACUCACGCUUAUCGCCAAGGUUACGCAGAACCUCGCAAACUUUACCAAGUUUGGUAAUAAGGAGGAGUACAUGUCCUUCAUGAAUCAGUUCUUGGAGCAGGAGUGGACCAACAUGCAGCGCUUCCUGCUGGAGAUCUCCAACCCGGAGACCAUCUCAAAUACUGCAGGCUUCGAGGGCUACAUUGACCUGGGCCGGGAGCUCUCCACCUUGCACUCCCUGCUAGCUGAGGUGGUGUGCCAAAUGGACCAGAGUGCUAUCUCCAAGCUUGGCCCGUUACCUAGAAUACUGAGGGACGUACAUGGAGCACUAACAAACCCCUCGAAUGUACAGAUGAGCAUUCCUUCUGACCGUGUGCCGUCCCCUCCAACCCCUGGAUGCAGCAUCUCCAGUGGAUUACAAAAGAUGGCCAUCGACAGCGACCUGCCGGGCCCGAUGGACUUCACUCGCCUUCCUUCCCCCACCCCUGAAAACAAAGAGCUCUUCUUCGUCACACGCUCUUCUGGCCUCCAGGGCUCUCCUGCCCGCAGCUCUAGCUACUCCGAGACCAACGAGCCCGAGCUGGGCCUGGCCAAUGGUGGCAAGAGCUUGUCCAUGGUAGACCUGCAGGAAGCGGCCAGGGCGUUAGAACCCGUUGCCAUCCCGGCAGGGAUCACUUCAGAAGGUUUGGGUGAGGGUGCCAUGGUUCCCUGGAAUGCACGGACUCCCCACGGCAAUGUUGCCGGAGGCCCUACUCUUCACAGGCCAGGACAGACUCCCACUACCCCAGGAACAGAAGGGGCCCCAGGCAGGCCUACACAGCUCUUGGCCCCGCUAUCCUUUCAGAAUCCAGUGUACCAGAUGGCAGCAGGGUUGCCCGUGUCAGCUAGAGGAAAUGCGAGUGGGGACUCUGGGUCGGAGUGUCACAGCUCCGUCAGUUCCCAUAGCAACAACGAGGAGGGUCUUGGAGGGACCAAGCACACGUUCCUUACCCAGGGAGCUUCGGUGGGGGAGGAGUUUGCAAGGCGUUCGGGAGAUUUCCCGAGACGACAGCUAUCGCUAACUGACGCGCAGCAUGGAAACCAGCCUACGGUUCCUCGACAGAGCAACGCUGGUCCUCAGCGGCGGAUUGACCAGCCGCCACCACCCACACAGACUGCACCCAGAGGACGAACUCCACCCAACCUACUGAACUCCACGCCCUACCCACGGCCUCCUAAUAACACUGUGAUGUCAUCAUCACCUGACUGGCCUGGAAGUGGCGCACGGCUUCGACAGCAGAGCUCCUCCUCUAAAGGGGACAGUCCGGAAAUGAAGCACCGCGCACCACAUAAACAGGCCCCGUCCCCAGUGAACCCCAGUGCACUGGACCGCACCGCUGCCUGGUUGAUGAAUGUGCCAUAUAUAGAGCAGGAGUCUGAGACGGAGCAUUGCAGAGAUGAGCACACACAAGCUGAAAAGGCGGAGAUCAGUAUGCUGCAGGAGCGACUGCGUGUGUCGGUGCAGAGGCUGGAGGAAUAUGAGCUCCGGAUCAAGGGACAAGAGGAGCAGGCGCAGAAGAUGUUGCUGGAGUAUCAGACCCGACUGGACGAGUCUGAGGAGAGACUGAGACGGCAACAGGAAGACAAAGAUCUGCAGAUGAAGGGCAUCAUAAGCAGGCUGAUGUCUGUGGAGGAAGAGCUGAAGAAGGAUCAUGCUGACAUGCAGGCAGUGAUUGACUCCAAACAGAAGAUCAUUGAUGCGCAGGAGAAACGGAUAGCAUCUCUGGACGCGGCUAACGCGAGGCUAAUGAGCGCCCUGUCACAGCUGAAGGAGCGCUACAGCAUGCAGACGCGCAACGGCAUCUCCCCCACCAACCCCACCAAGCUGCAGAUCACGGAGAACGGCGAGUUUCGCAACAGCUCCAACUGCUGA